AUGUGCUAUCAAGUCGUCGAACGUUACUCCGUGUGCCGGUGUCUCUACUACAAGCACUCGAUCGAUCCAUGCUCGGCCUACGGACAACGCGGCCAUAUUGUUCAAGAGAAGACUGUCCUCGUCGGAUACGCAUGCUCAAGCCACAGCAGCUCUCGACCUGAGCCUGGAUACUACGCCGGAGUCCUUCCGGACUCGGGUUAUGCCAGCGGCGCGCACCCACCCCACUAUCAAUGA